AUGUUCCUUGGGAUCAUAUUAAUGUGGCAAUAUUUCUUUUCAACGCCAAUUACAUGUGAGGCACAAGGUGGCAAGGGAAACCGCAGUAGCAUUAUUGUCUUAAGACCUAAGUGUGCGCAAAAGCUGGUGAGUCAAGUCGAGCACCAUCACGGCGUCCCCCCUCGGGUUCGCAGCCCACGGGCGUCGUCCUCGUCGCCCUCUCCUUCUCCAUCCAGGUCCCCUGCUGCCGCUGCUGCAGCAGUUGCAGCAACAGCGGUAGUGGCGGCAGCAGGAGGCAGCGGUGCUUCCGUGAGUGGCCUCCAUGCUCGGGCUCUUUCAAGAUCCCCGUCAGCCUCUCCUUCGGGAGCCUCCAGCACCAAGAGCACGCCCGACCGGAAGUCCUACGCUGGGAUGGUUCGCCGCGAGUCAACGGGCUCGGCUGCCUCACUCAAGAGCAACAUCUCCCUCCUUAGCAACGCCUCCAUUAGAAGUAGUGCCUCCACACACAGCAACGCAUCUUACAAGAGCGCCGUCUCGGGCAAGAGCGGCGCAUCCAUGAAGAGCAGCGCUUCCCUCAUUAGCAGUUCCUCCAUGAAGAGCGCCGUGUCCCUCAAGAGCAGCGCAUCGGUCAAGAGCGGGAUGUCGAGCAAGAGCGGCAUAUCCAGCAAGAGCUCGGCCUCGACCCGAAGCACCACGUCCACCAAGAGCACGACCUCGGGAAAGAGCACGGGUACCAUUAAGUCCAACAAGUCCAGCAAGUCGAUUAUCUCCACGAAGAAGGAACCUGAAGGGAAAGGUGUCAGAAGAAAGGAAUCGUGUGAUAAGAAGGCAGACAGUGAUAAGAGAGUGAAGCAGUCAAAGGGUGAAAGUAAAAUCAAGGCGCUCAAGAAAAGAUUCGAGGGCAAAGAAUACCAUAGACUGCAGUGA